UUAACUUUUGAACCAUGCUACGACUAGGAGCCGUUCGUCGUGGGACAUCUUUGUUUCUUUGUCGGCAGGCGAGCAAGGAAGGAAAGCCCGUCGACUCUGGAGCACUGGUGCAGCUGGAGGAGGGUUACAAGAAACUGGCAGCCUCCGACUCCAAGUCGCUGCUAAAGAAGCACCUGAAAAAGGACAUAUUCGACAAGCUAAAGAAGAAGACGACGCCAUCCUUCAACUCUUCGCUGCUGGACUGCAUUCAAUCGGGGCUGUGCAAUCACGACUCAGGGGUUGGAAUCUACUCGCCCGACGCAGAGGCGUACAAAACUUUUUCGGACAUCUUCGAUCCCAUUAUCGAGGACUAUCACAAGGGCUUCAAGAAAACGGACAAGCACCCCGAGUCCUGCUUCGGCAAGGGCAAGGAUUUCCCCAAUCUUGACCCGAACAAUAAGUACAUCGUGUCCACGCGUGUUCGGUGCGGACGUUCCGUGAAGAACUUCCCCUUCAAUCCCUGCCUGAGCGAGUACGAGUAUGCGGAGCUGGAGUGCAUGAUAUCCGGUGCCUUGAACACGAUGAGCGGCGCGUAUAAAGGUGGCUACCUGCCGCUCUGCGGCAUGGAGAAGUCCGUGCAACAGAAGCUCAUCGACGAACACUUUCUGUUUAAGGAGGGCGACCGGUUCCUGGAGACGGCAGGUGCCUCGCGCUUCUGGCCUGCCGGACGCGGCAUUUACUUCAACGAGGCGCGAAAUUUCCUGGUGUGGGUUAACGAAGAAGAUCACAUCCGCAUCAUCUCCAUGGAAAAGGGCGGGGACCUCGGCAAGGUGUACGAUCGCAUGCUCGGCGGUUUGGAGGCACUGGGGAAGUAUCUAGAAUUCAGCCGCGACGAGCGUUUGGGCUUUCUGACCUUUUGCCCCACCAAUCUGGGCACAACGAUUCGCGCUUCCGUGCACAUCAAGCUGCCCAAUCUGACGGCCAAUCCGGAGGAGCUGCAGAAGCUGGCCACCAAAUACAAUCUGCAGGUGCGCGGCACCAGCGGCGAGCACAGCGAGGCCAAGGGCGGCGUCCACGACAUCUCCAACAAGCGGCGGAUGGGCCUGACCGAGUACGAGGCCGUGAAGGAGAUGCACGAUGGCAUAAGCGCUCUGAUCGGAGCCGAAAACAAGGCGUGCAAAAAGUAGCAGCCUGAAUUUGGAACUCUCAUUAAGUACCACAAUUAAA